UUGGCUGCUGCAGAGUGGGAGGGAGUAUAAAAGGUCAACUUUGAAGGGAGAACUCAGGUCAAGAAGAUUUCUUGUUAAUCAAACAGGAUUGUUUUACUUUGUGCAGACUCCAUCUCCCAGUAUCAUGGCAGACUUUGACUUGGUUUUGAAGCAUUGGGGUCCAGUGGAAGCGGACUAUUCCUCCCAUGGAAACUUGGUUCUGAUCCGUCUCUUCACGGAGCACCCAGAAACCCAGAAACUGUUCCCCAAGUUUGUCGGCAUCCCCUUGGGUGACCUGUCCAGUAACGCCGCCAUUUCUGCUCACGGUGCCACUGUGCUGAAGAAACUUGGUGAGCUGCUGAAAGCUAAAGGAAACCAUGCCUCCAUCCUCAAACCGCUGGCGACCAGCCAUGCGACCAAGCACAAGAUCCCCAUAAAUAACUUCAAGCUGAUUGCUGAGGUGGUCGUUAAGGUCAUGGAGGAGAAGGCCGGACUCGAUGCUGCCGGGCAGCAGGCCCUGAGAAACGUGAUGGCUGCUGUCAUCGCUGACCUCGAUGCCUCCUACAAAGAGCUGGGCUUCACAGGUUGAAGAGCAGGAGUCAUGCUGUGAUUUUUCAAGAAAAUCAACUUUUGCUUUGAAAACAAAAUCACCUUUGUAACCUCUGUCAAGCAAUCAGAAGUUGUCAUGUUACUCAUUAGCUUAUUGCAGGAUAAAUAGCUACUCACUGUUGCAUUAAACUGGAUAGAUGGUCAAGAUUUAGUUAAUGUGUCCUCAAAAUCCUCGAAAAAAAGAGUCUAAUCUGCUGUUAAUCAUUGACUCAUCUUAACCAAUAAAACUCUUGCUUUUC